CUUUCGGCUUACUGCUAUUUAAUAACUGACAGCUAUAAUGAUCGAUAACUGCCUUCAUCGAGCCGCUGUUCCCUUGCUUGCUCUUAUGGCUACCGUAGAUUAUAUCCACAAGGGCAUCGGCAGGAAAACUUAACUUUUAAUUCGCUUACAAAUGAUAUAUUUAGCCUGUUAAGCUACAAUCCAAGCUAACGCGUUAGCUGCUGUGGUCCACUGGUUUGCAGGUUUCAAACUCUAGACCCCAGUCUUCCCCACUCAAGAGUGUUUCUUCAUCUCGGAGACUAAAUGCAACUGGACCAGGGGGCUUGUGGGCAUGAAGUGGCUGGGCGAAUCCAAGAACAUGGUAUUAAAUGGCAGGCGACACGGAAACAAGUUGACCAGCGAGCAACCUGUGAGCCAGACUCGCUCUCAGCAUUCACAGCGGGCGUCCCUGCGCCACAGCAGAAACAGAAACCGAAGAUGUAGCCGCAGGUUUAAUGCGGCCAGUCUGGAGGCAGAGAGGCGCUAUGUGCCCUCCUCAGGAAUGACUGCCAAGGAGUUGUGUGAGAAUGAUGAUCUGACCACGAGCCUCAUCCUGGAUCCAUACCUGGGCUUUCAAACACACAAAAUGAACACCAGAUUUCGACCAAUUAAGGGAAGACAAGAGGAGCUGAAAGAGAUCAUCGAGCGCUUCAAGAAACACGACAACUUGGAGAAAGCUUUCAGAGCUCUGACGACCGGAGACUGGUCCCGAAAUCUUUUUCUCCACAAGACAAAAGCUCAAGAAAAGCUAUUCAAGCAACAUGUAUUUGUGUAUCUGCGGAUGUUUGCCACAGACAGCGGGUUUGAGAUUCUCCCUUGUAAUCGCUAUUCAUCAGAGCAGAAUGGAGCUAAAAUUGUGGCAACAAAGGAAUGGAAAAGAAAUGACAAGAUCGAGUACCUGGUGGGAUGCAUUGCUGAGCUGUCAGAGAGUGAGGAGAACAUGCUCCUCCGGCACGGGGAGAACGACUUCAGUGUCAUGUAUUCAACCCGCAAGAACUGUGCGCAGCUCUGGCUGGGGCCAGCUGCGUUCAUCAAUCACGAUUGUCGGCCAAACUGCAAGUUUGUGUCGACAGGACGGGACACAGCCUGUGUGAAGGUUUUGAGGGACAUUGAACCAGGAGAGGAAAUCUCUUGCUACUACGGAGACGGGUUUUUUGGGGAAAACAAUGAAUUUUGUGAAUGCUAUACAUGUGAACGACGGGGCACCGGCGCUUUCAAAUCUAAAGCUGGACUACCCGUGGAAGUACCGGUGAUCAACAGCAAGUACGGGUUGCGGGAGACAGACAAGCGUCUCAACAGGCUGAAGAAGUUGGGGGAAGGAAACAGGAGUUCAGAUAGUCACUCUGUAGGCUCCCACACCGAUGUAGACUCUCAGGAAAUGCCAAAAACACAUCAGUCUGCCAGAAAAAGAACAUCAUCAUCAUCUUCAUCAUCUGGCCUGAAGUAUAAAAACAGGACUCAAUCCAGACAGACUUUGUCAAGAGCCCUUACUACCUCAUGUUCAAAACAAGGUCGUGUAAACAAUAACAGGGUACCAAAGAGACUAAAAUCCCAAUCCAAGCCUUCACUAAGUAAAGUCCAGUUGCGGAGUCGCAGGAGGGGUGCAGAGCCCAAGGCGUUGGCCAAAGGAGAGACUUGCCAGCUGGGUCUCAGGGACUCAAAGGUGUCACUGUGUAAAAGUGUCACCGUCAAGAAGGAGAAGGAUGGACAGGAGCUGGUGCCGCAGACACUAGGCCAGCGGGGUUGCCUCACCCGUCACGCUGCGAAGGAAAAUGGCAAUCUACCGCAUGUGCAAAACAGCGAGGGCAGCCAGUGUUCGAUGUACAGAACUCGCAGGUCCACAAGGACCCUUGUAAAAGCCCAGGAAACAGCAGCAGGCGUUAAGCUGGAGCCCAGUGCUAUGGACGGCUUGAGCCCAGUCCCUGGUGGAGUGGUCAUCAAAACGGAGCCAGCUGACAUGGAGGAGUACCUCCGCCACGGAGUAGGACUGGAGCAGCCGGCAUUAGACGCUGGCUACGCCAGAAGAGGCUCGUGCAGCCGGCGGAAACGGCUGGCGCCGCUCAGGGCCGAGCGGACAAUUAAAUGUGAGGACUCGUACGGCGAGCCGUUCAUGCCGGUGGCUGCUGGCCACGCCGCAAACUUCUCGGACUGUGGAAACGUGCUGUUGAACUUCGCAGACCGACACAGGGACUACAAUGGGGUUGCCAAUGGCGGCAAAUCCCUCCGCAGGGACAAGGGUAAGAGUGGCUGCCGGUCGCAGGACAAGGGGAAGAAAAAGCGUCGGAUCACGCGAUACGACGCUCAGCUGAUCCUGGAGAACAACACGGGCAUCCCCAAACUGACGCUCCGCCGGCGGAGGGACAGCAGCAGUAGCAAGACCAAUGACGCCAACGAUCCGAUUGGCUCCUCCAACCUUUCUGCCUCUACGGUCAACUCGGCCUCUUCCAGCAAAAUCAGCAUCAAGUUCAGCAAGGACCACGACAAGGACAAAGGCAGCUCAUACAUUGCCAAACUGAAUAACGGCUAUGCUCCCGGGGUCCACAGCAACUCCACCAAGCUGAAGAUCCAGCUGAAGAGGGAGGACGAUGCACGGAGAGUAUCCCAGACAAAGGCGGACCAGAUGUCCUAUAACGGGGACAUGGGUCAGAGUCUGGAGGCCAGAAAUGGUGGACAUCGGACCCAAAAGGUCCUGGCGGACCCUUCGUCUGAAGAGGACGAUGAGGAGGAAGGGGAGGAGGAGGAGGAUGAAGACGACGACGACGACGAUGAUGAUGACUACUUCGACAAUGAGUUCGAAGACGAUUUCAUUCCACUUCCUCCAGCAAAGCGCCUCCGACUCAUUGUGGGUAAAGACUCCAUAGACAUCGAUAUCUCCUCCAGGAGGAGAGAGGAUCAGUCUCUGAGGCUCAAUGCAUAAGCUGUGUGGAGUUCAUCACUUCCACCUUCCCCUGUAAAUAGAGAUGACUCGCUAAUCAACUCCUGUGUUGAUGUAAAAGAAGUACAGUAAUUUAAAAACAAAACAAAAUUGCUGAGGGGAGAGAAAAAAAAAAAAAAAAGUCUGAAAGAACUUUACUAGAAGGGUUCUGUUGACCUAAAACAAAUCUCUCUUAUUCACUUAAGUUGUGUUCAUUUAGUUUCUGGUGUUAUUGUAGUUCUCAAAUUACCUUUUUUAUGAAGUGAAAGUUGACUCACCGAGUCCACUUCUCUGGCAUUUAAUCUGCAAACUAUGCUAAACGAAAAACUGCUGGAAUAUGCCACGUUUGUCCUCCACAUCGUUCCUGAAUAAGCUGGCCCGGACCUCUUAAGUGAAAAACGAGAAUUUGUUUUACGUUCAACUAUUCUUUUAAAGGUGAAUGCACUUGUUAUAUUCAUAACGGACAUGGAUAUUGUAGAAAGUGUACAGUAAUGGUGACUAUCCCCUCUGUCUCACGGGCAGGUUUUUAUGAAACUUUUGAUUUUGUUUUUGUUUUUUUGUCUCGUAGUUUGUAAUUUGUGUGUGGCGAACCACGGUCGAACGUACAGUGUGGCGUGGUCGGCCCAGAGGCAUUAUAAGAUCAAUCAGUCAGUUCAUUUUGGAUUCAGGUGCCAUGUUCUCAUUAUCCCAGUAGUUUUCCUGCUAAAGAACCCCAUUUAUUACCCCUCAUUAUUUACUGUGUAAGUUAAUCAUGUGCGUGUAUGUGUGUGUUCAAUCAUAGGACGUUAUUUUUUUAUUUUAAGCAAAUCCGUGCUCGCGUGUUGAACAUCGUAGAGAGAGUUUUUGAAAUAGAAUUUACAGUUUUAUGUAUAUUAUGGAUUUAACUUGCACCAAAGCCAGAACUUGAAACAGAAAUGGGAAAUCGUACUGAAAUGUUAGCAGCAACAAUACGCAUGUGGAAAAGUGUUUCAGUUUUCCCGCGGUUGUCUCACAUUCAUGACACGAACGAUCUGUUAUAACGGGAGUUGCACAAAUUUGUCUUAUUUAGAGCGCUGUAAAUAAAAUUAAGUUAAUUAAGCUGCAGAAUCCACAAGACACAAAAGCACACAAGGUUUAGUAAUUAGAUUAACAGGAAUGUAAACGGACCAGCGUCUUGUCUUUGUUUUCGGAGCUGCUGUAUAAUGGUGACAUGGCACACAACUGAGUAGGCAAAUCAAACCAAAUCCAUUAUAUUAAAGCUACAUGUAUGCUUUUAAAAUAAAAAGUAAUGUACAGAAAGACUGGUUUAUGCCCCCCACCCCCACCCCAACCCCAUCCCCAAGCUGCAUUACGACAUUACAAGUCCAGUCUCUUUUUUUAUUUACCUAAUUAUGAGUUUUGGAGGCACGUUAACAAAUGUCCAUCAACACUAGAGUUAUUGGAGGAAAAUCGCAUUGUGUGAAAUAUUCUGACUAGCUUAGAAUCAUGUAUUCUCUCUAUGGUGCUACUUUUAUUUCCUUACCUUCCAUCGGUUUGAAUAUUCUGUCCUGUGUAACUCUCUUAUUGGUAGACGGUGGCAGCAUUAACUUCCAACAGGCCCCAAAAAACUCUGUAGAAAUACACACUUUUUUUAUAAGUUUUGUCUGUAGCCUAUUUUAAGUUUUGUUUUCUUUACAGGUGCUCAUAUACGUUCAGUUUCUUUUUAGGUUGCAAAAAAAAAAAAACAAACAGCAUUAGGUGCCUUAACAAAUAGCUUUUUAACACAUUUAGACCAAAUUUGUCACGUGAUUACCGGAAAUCAGUGAGUAGUGAAAAUGCUAAUCCAUCUGCCCCCCCCACCCCCGACACAAAGUCCACCCUCAGUCCUUCUGUAUAUUAUUUUAUUUUUGUUGUGUGGAAGUAAAUGAACUGUCCAAUAGAUCAAGGGAUCAUCUGAGAUUGAAUGUUAACCCACUUUUCCUGUGUUAAUAUGUACUGUUCAUAUCACCAGCAGCUAAUCACCGUUCUGAACCUGGCUCAGUCUGUCCUUUCUGCCCCUCCCUCCUUCGUCGGACGUCUCCCAUCCAACACUGUAAACUGUUCCAGGUGUACCGUAUGUGUGGUCUUUGUCCAAUAGACAGCUGUCAAGAUUUCCAAUUGAUUCAAAAAGUAAGAGGAGAGGAGAGGAGGAAAAAAAAACAACAAAAAAAAAGGCAAAACAAAUGUGAAUAGUUUGCGGACAUUUUAGCGUGUUGCCGUGGGUUAGUGGGAAAAACGUGUAAAGAGAAUUAAAAAUGGGCAGUGCAUAUAUUGUCCAAUAUGUAAAUCAUGUGAACACAUCUUGUACUUAUUUAACAGUUUUGAAUACUUGAAAACUAUAUAAAGUUUCUUUGUGAUUCUUG